GUCAUCUUAAGUCGAACUUUUCUAGUACCAACUAAACCAGAUGGGGAAAUCUCGUCCGGCAUGCAAGAAAUUCACUGGUGAUCCUUUACGAAGUUUGCCUGGAUAAAAAAUAGCUGUGACGUCUCCCACUUCAACGCUGACAAACAAUUCGAUACAAACCCCAAACGAAACCAUCGCUGAGGCGUCAAACAAUGUGAGACUAAUUUCAAACGAAACAAUGGCUGACACGUCAAACAAGUCGACACCAACCCCACACGAAACAAUGGCUGAGACGUCUAACAAUUCGACACUAACACCUCUCGAAACAAUGGCUGAGACUUCAAACAAUUCGACACUAACCCAAAACGAACUAAUAACUGAGACGUCAAACAAUUCGGCAUUAAUCCCAAACGAAACAGUGGCUGAGGCGUCGAACAAAAAGACACUAACCCCAAAUGAAACAAUAGCUGAGACGUCAAACAAUUCGGCAUUAAUCCCAAACGAAACAGUGGCUGAGGCGUCGAACAAAAAGACACAAACCCCAAAUGAAACAAUUGCUGAGGCGUCGAACAAUAAGACACUUAUCCCAAACGAAACAAUGGCUGAGAUUUCAAACUACUUCGCAAUAUCUCCAAACGAAACAAUGGCUGAGGCGUCAAACGAUUCGACACUAAUCCCACACGAAACAAUGGCUGGGACGUCUAACAAUUCGACACUAACCUCACACGAAACAAAGGCUUGGGUGUCUAACAAUUCGACACUAAUCCCACACGAAACAAUGGCUGGGACGUCUAACCAUUCGACACUAAUCCCACACGAAACAAUGGCUGUGACGUCUAACCAUUCGACACUAACCCCACACGAAACAAAGACUUGGGUGUCUAACAAUUCGACACCAACCCCUCACGAAAAAAUGGCUGAGACGUCAAACAAUUCGACACCAACCCCAAACGAAACAAUGGCUGAGGCGUCUAACGAUUCGACACUAACCCCACACGAAACAAAGGCUUGGGUGUCUAACAAUUCGACACUAACCCCACACGAAACAAAGGCUUGGGUGUCUAACAAUUCGACACUAACCCCAAACGAAACAAUGGCUGGGACGUCUAACCAUUCGACACUAACCCCAAACGAAACAAUGGUCAAGGAAUUUAACAACUCAAUACUUAUCCAAAAUCAAACCACGUCUGCGAUGUUUACCAAGCCCAUCACGAGGACAGAUCUGAAAACCGAGAAAGCACAUAGUUACACCUCAUAAUGGCUCGGCAGGACUGAAUAUAGACAGCUUCUACUUCGUCACGUUACUGGUGAUAGGUUUCAUAAUGUGUCAUAAUAAAUAAUUGAAAGAUACAACAAUCCAACUUAUGACAUCCAGUCGUUGUCAUCAAGUUAAGGUAGUUUUGCACAUCCCGGUCAAAUCGUUUUCCACAAUGAAGAAUUUGACUAAUUUGUGAUUGCUUAUAACUUGAAAUUCUUAGAAAAUUCAGCAAAUGAAAAGAUCAAGCUGCUUUUUACUUGUCGACUGAUUUGAAGAAUUCAGACCCUUCGAAAGAUUUUAUCAGAGACUAAUGGAAAUGACAAUUUUGAGGACAUUUUUGCGAAUAGAAUUUUUUUCAAUAGUGUAGAUUUUAAUGAAGGUGUUCCCAGCUGUAAAUCAUGAUAUUGUUUUCAUAUCUAUUGCCUAUCAUAAUUUUUCACGGUACACAAAUCAAUAUGAAUACAUGAUAAAGUUAUAUAGACAUGUACUUUCCCACUCGCCUAGAUUGUUAAUAUAUAUAUUUACCUACAAAAAUUCAGUCCAAAAUUCGGAUUAUAUAUAUAUAAAAGGGUCUUUACAGCAGUAACUAGAUGGGGGAUUCUCUAUUCGGCAGGGCUAUCGCCAGCUUCGAAAAAGUGGCUCGGCCGUGGGACCGUGAGUGCCGAAGGCUGGUUGGGUGGAGGUGAAAGCACGAGAGUCGAGAUUUUUUCCCCACUCUUAAAGGGGUGGGGCUGACCGUCCAUCACGGCCUUGUUCGACUCUCAUGGGCUUUGCAAGGAAGGAUCUGAUCUGGUAAAAUCAUCAUGAUCAUGAUGUUAACAUAUCAAGUGUUUUGUAACAAGUCUGCUCUACGGCUAAAAGCAAAUUUCAAGAAUAUACAUAGAUUAUAUACUUGAUUUUUCUUAGAAUUUGACAUAACUCGAACAAAUUUGUCAACAGUUGGAAACGCUGAUGAUAUCUUAUGAAGAAUUCUAAUCUCUAUAUACUGGACAACAUAACAAGAAAUGAAAUUCAUUUUCAACAAAAUUCUGUGAACAUAAUUUACAAAGUCUAUCUUGUCUAUUCAAACCAAUGAAUCUACCAGCCUCAAUUUCUAAGGAAUUUCUAACACAAUCUAAAACGAGACAACUCUUUACGUCACUUAUUGUUUCCUACAUUAUCAAAAUAUUUCUCAAAACCAAAAAAUCACCUUUGUACUUUCUGUAUAAAUCAAGUUUCGACAUAUUUUCAAUAGAGUCGUGCCAUUUCUGUACGAACUAGUCACGCAAACGUUGCUUAAAUAGAGCUGUAUAGUUAACAUUAUUGUCGAAGUGUUCCAUAACAUCUGAAUAUCCUGUUAUUGUUAAGGUUCUAUUAGUAGCCCAGCAAUUACCUCUUGUAUUAUUCAGCUGAUCAACAUAAAUGUUGAAUAAUUGUGAUGUGGGUUGUUUCUAAAUCUUAAUCCAAAAUUUCAAUGCUCUUUCUUGACAAAAAACUGACAAUGGAAAUCUAUCCUAUUUUCCAAAAAUCGCAUUAUUAGGUGUUUGUUUUUUACCCCUAACAAAAUAUUUACAAAAUUUAAUAUGUAUCUUAUCCACUAACUCACUACAGUUGUACUCUACCUAGAUUUCAGAUCCAUACAAUAAGAUUGGUGCAACCAUAGAGUCAAAAAGCUUUAAUUUUGUUUUAAUGUCAAAAUCAACUCUGUCAAAUAAAGACAGUAAAUUAUGAUUGGCCUUCAAAGCUUGGUCUGAUAAGGCCUUAAUAGCUAAUUUCAUAUCCCCUGUGUAAGCAAAUUUAACGCCUAAAUAUGUAAAUGUAUCUACAAAUUCCAUAUGUACACCAUUUAUUUUAAUAGCUUUAUCAUGAAUGUAUUUACGCUUUUCAAAAUCACAAACUUUUGUUUUCGAAACGUUAAUAAUGAAACCUCCCACUCUCGAAUCAGCUCCUCCCACUCUUGAGUCCGCUCUUUACACUUUCAAGUCCGCUCCUCCCACUCUCGAGUCCGCUCUCCCUACUCUCGAGUCCGCUCUCUCUACCCUCGGGUUUGCUCUUCUCACUCUCGAGUCCGCUCCUCCCUCUCUCGAGUCCACACCUCUCAUUCUCGAUCUCUGCUCAUUCCACUCUCUAGUCCGCUCCUCCCUCUCUCGAGUCCGCUUCUCCCUCUCUCGAGUCCGCUCUUCUCACUCUCGAGUCCGCCCCUCCCACCCUCGAAUCCGCUCCUCCCACUCUCGAGUCCGACCCUCCCACUCUCGAGUGCAUUCCUCACACCUCGAGUCCACUCCUCUCACUCUCGAGGGCCGCUCUUCCCACUCUCGAGUUCACUCAUUCUCAUUCCACCCUCGAGUCCGCUGCCUGGAAAAAAGUACUUGUGUCAUACCAGUAUAUCAAAUUUUUCCAGGGGGAAAGCUUCCUGACGACGCCCCCCCCCCCCUCCACUCUCAUUCAAGAAUGAGAAAAACCUUCAUUUACUACAAAAGUUAGAUCUCAAAUGCACCAGAGGAGGCCACCAUUUCAAACCAGUAUUUCAAAAUUUUCUAAACGCACAUGGACAGAUGCCCAUCUCUCGUACCU